ACACUUCUUUCCAGGCGCGUGUCCUUCUCCCACCCACCCAUCCUUCUUCCAUUCCCGCUCCCUUUCUCCAUUUCUCUGGUUUUACCUCUUCAACCUCCCCAAAUACCUCUUUCCCUCUUCUACCGCAUUCAAAUACCUUCCCAUUCUUCCGCUUUCGUAUCGGAUAGAGAGCGCGCAAAAAGAUGGGUCAGGCAUUUCGUCGAGCCGCUGGAAAACUGCGGAAUACGACUGUGGAAACGUCAUCUUCGGCUCCUUCUCGAUAUCAGAACUCUUAUGACCGAAGAACUCCGGUAGUUCCGCCCGUCGAUAAGGUUCAAAUUCACAACAAGGAUUCUGUUGGAGAUGGUAAUUCUAAAAGCAAUGCUGAAGUGUUGGAAGAGAGAGAUCCAAGCUACGAAGCUAUGCUCAGUCAAAUGGUGGGGAAAAUCAAUACUAAGCCUGGUGGCAAGCUUGAAAUGGGCGAGGCUUAUGUGGUACAGAAGACAAAGAGACCCUUACCAAAAGUACGAAAUACUACUCCUGAGACUGGACGUUAUGAGGAGAGGCCUGUUGAGACAGGAACACUAAAUGUAGCUCAGCUUCGUCACAUAAUGCGUCUGCAUCAAGGAAAGGAUGAUGAGAAUGAUGGGCCGCUAGGACUGAAAGAGGUUGCUGAUAGAUUUCGUGUUGAUGCUCUACAGCUUGAAAGGAUCUUCCAGCACGUGUCCCUGCCACCUGAGGAUAAUACUAGCAGAAAGAAACAUGAGCUUGUUGACUGAUUUCCCCUUCCUAAUGGUAAUACUAGUUGAAUGACUGAUUGCUUUUUGUUGUAACUGUUAAAAAGUGUAUUUGCGGAACAUUUAGCUAUUUGAUAAUGACGAAAAGUUCUGCAUGGGCUUGUUAGGUUUUUGUCAACAAUUGUAACACCUCGAUACUCUCUGGCGUUGUACACGAAUAAAUGAUAGAUCAUGUAAAGAGUUACCAUUUUUGCAGUAAAUGAUCCAGAUAACAACUUCAGUUUGCC